AUGACUAACAAUUUAUGAGGCCUUGCUCGAAGAAGGGCUAAGCGAUCCGUAUGGUUAACUUGAUUUUCAAUUUUUGUACUUUUCUCUUCCUUUCAUGCCCAUGUAAAAGGCGAAUGCGAAAAGGAUGCACUUUCGCCGAGGCAUAAAAGCAGAGCCGUGCAACGUAGAACUUGCAAAACAAAACGAGGAGAAAUAGCGCCCAGUCAGGAGGCAAAGACGAAGUGCUAGCUGAACAGAAACUGCAUUUGAAGAAACCAUGGCUGUGGCAGACCUGAUUGACAUUAAGAAGCUGAAGGAGCUGCGGAGGACCAACCCCACCAAGGCCAAAAAUCUCAUAAAAAAGAUAAAAAAGAAAAAUGCCAAGAAGGAAAAGAAGGACAAACCGGAGAGGAAGAUCGACGCCACUGGUGCUGCGAGCAGCUACCGGAAUGAACCCUACGUGGAGUACGUGGAGGAAGACAUCGAGGAAGAACUUUUCAGAAACUUCCAAGACGUGUACAAACGGUUUAAAGGCAACGCGGAAGACUUCGCGGAGUACGAAGAGCAGAAUGAAGACGAAAAAAAAAUAAAUCUGGAGGACAGCCACUCGGAAGACGACUCGGAGGAGCAGGACGAUGAGGAAGAGGAAGAAGGCGGGGGAAAGGCCAAAACGAAAGAACCCAUUUCGAAAAAAGCUUUAAAACUGUUAAGUAGACCCUCCGUUGUGAAAUUAAAAGAAUUUGCAAAAAAACCGGAGCUAGUCGAAAUAUGGGACACGACGGCAAGUGACCCAUUUUUCUUUGUCUGGCUAAAAUGCCUAAAAGAUUCGGUGCCCGUACCACAGCAGUGGUGCCAAAAGAGGAAAUACAUGCACGGGAAGAGGGGAAUUGAAAAAAUCCCAUACACAUUACCCCCCUACAUUGAGGACACCAAAAUUAGCGAAAUAAGGCAAGCCAUAAAAGAAAAGGAAGAACAAAAGUCAUUAAAGCAAAAAAUGAGGGAUAGGGUUAGACCCAAGCUGCACACAAUGGAUAUAGAUUACCAAACACUUCAUGAUGCGUUCUUCAAAUAUGCAACAAAACCAAAGCUAGUCAAAUUUGCAGAUGUAUACUAUGAAGGGAAAGAAUUUGAAUUAAAAACGAAAAAAUUCCGCCCAGGAGUCAUUUCGGAAAAGCUCAGAAAGGCUCUAAAUAUAGAUCCAUCCGAACCCCUACCUUGGCUAUUUAACAUGCAGAAGUAUGGGUUGCCUCCCUCCUUUCCUUAUUUAAAUAUCCCCGGGUUGAAUGAACUCACGGCGGAGAACUCUGGGGGGAGGACUAGCCAAACCAACACACCAAACUUGCACCCCCCACAGGGUGGCCAGAACAAACCGCAGGAAGAUGGAGCCAAAGGAAAAUACGAAAAUGUGGAUGACUCGGGGAAUAUCGUCUACGGGAAUUUUAUAUCUCACCACACAAGUGACAAUAGUAGCAAAUACCCGGAUGACUUCCUCUGGGGAGAAAUUGAUGAGAAUUAUGUAAACUCUGAAGAGGAGGAAGAGGAGGAGGAAGAAGAGCAGGAAGAACAGUUAGAAGCAGGUGAAGAGGGCAAAAACGAGAAGACGAAGAAGAAGAUAAAGGGACUGCCCAAAGAACAGCAAGACAAAAUGGAUGGACUCGAUGCGGAAAAUGCAAACCUCAAUUUGAAUGAGGAUAUGAUGAAGGGCAAUUACAACAGUGGACUCUACAGUGUUGCCACGAAUACGAAAAUAAACGGGUCGUAUACCCCCUUCAUGGAAAGCGGGGCAACCUCCGUCGAUCUGACUUCUUUCAUUUCGGGAUACGAAACUCCCAAAUAUGUUUAUAACAAUGGUUAUAUGAAUCCCUCGCAUAUGAACCCCGCACAUAUGAAGCCGUACACAGUGCUGCAAAAGGAAGACGUGCCCAUCUCGCAAAAUCACUUGUUUGCUUCAAAUGUGAAAUAUAAAAUUAAUCCCGCAGUUUCCCUCAUGAGUAAGUCAUCAAACGUUUCAGAGGCAGGGGGAGGAGGUAUCACUCCAUUUAGCGCAGUCUCAUUGUCAACCCCCUAUGCUCCAAGUGAGACGGGGAAGAAACUCCAAAUUAACCCCCCACAGACGAAUAUUGAAGAUAUAAAGAAGGAGCUGAGCAAACAUGAGGAGUUAUCCAAUAAGGCGAAGCUCGUGUCGGCCCAGGUUGACCCACCCAAGAAGGGGAAGAAGGAGGAGAAGAAAAAGAAAAAGAAGAAGUACUUCAAGUUUUGA